CUCGGAGUCAGUAGAGGCACUAUCAAAAGGCGUUUAAGAGAAUAUGGAAUUUCAAUAAGCGAAAGAAAGACGGAUAUUCCAGAUGCUGAACUUGAUUGUGUUGUAAGAAAUAUCCAGCGAGAUUUUCCAAAUGCUGGAUAUAGAAGAAUGCAAUCACAGCUUUCGUUACGCGGCAUAAAGAUUUCUCAGAUGAGAGUUCGGGCAUCAAUGCAGAGGACGGAUCCGGAAGGGGUGGCAAUGAGGUGGUUAUCUCUUACCCCAAGGGCAGUGUACCGUGUUAGUGGCCCUCUGGCUUUAUGGCACAUAGACGGUAAUCACAAGUUAAUCAGGUAAAAAUCGAUUUUAUCUCAAACUAAUUAAAAAGAAGAUUAUAGUAAUAUUUCAGGUAACUGCGAUGACCGUCUUUACAUUUAUAUAAUAAUAAUGUAUCGGUCAAAUUGAAGCUUCAACAUCCCCCCCGGGCAUACCCCAGGCAUUUGACACCUUUGCCAUCCCAGGGAGGAGGAAAUUUGAUCAUCAGAGCCUUCCAGGGGGUGGGGAAUUUGAUCCCCAUGCGUUAGGGGUGGGGAAUGUGAACUGCCCCCUCGAUUUAACGUGAAAUCUCUGGCGUGGCGAGCUAUCAUGGGGGACGCGGUGUUAGAGGAUUUUUGUAGAAAAGAUUGUGCCUUUGUGGCCAAUUGGUUACAAGGAAAGGGCUUAAACAAGCCUUGUACCAUAUUUGAACAUAUUUAAAUUUUAAUAUUGGAUUCAGGCUUUGAAUAUCUGAACGUAUUACUGCGCUUUUCACAAACAUGCGAAUUCAGAAGUUCAAAAGCCAACUGAUGAUUGCGUUUUUCGCUGCCGUCAAUCAUCUUAACGGACCUCUUAGGAAACAAAACUUUACUUUAACAGGUUCAAAAGGUCAUGGUUUGUAAUUUGUGAUUGGUGGAUUUUGAUCCAUUUUUUGUGUUUCUGUGUUUCAAGGUUCGUUGCUUGCGAUCGCAAUUAUGAUUGACGGCAGCGAAAAACGCAAUUGUGAAGGCGUCUUUUGAACUUUAGAGUUCGCAUGUUUGUGAAAAGCGCAGUAGGUUGUGUUUACAAUGAAAUACAAUAACUAUUACCGGCGAUUCAAUACAACAAUGAAAAGCUCAAUAGAGGUCAAUUACUUUGACCUGCGGCAUGUAUAAGGUGAGCGAUGAUACGUGUCAGUGAAAUGGUCAUGAUGUAGUAAUCUCAGUAGGUGGGAUUUUCUUUAUGGAACGCUUUGUAUGUUGCAUGACACACGAAGAAAAGUUGAGCAUUCAGUGACCUUGUAGCAGCGAUUUCCGCCACUUUGCAUGAGAAUUUUGUUCGUAGUAAAUACGCUAACAGUGUUUCGCAGUUUUUAUAAUAUUGAAUGCGAGUUCUUUGCUGUAUUUAUAACGAUUUUGUUCGACAACUGAAGGCGUUUCUGCCGUCCUUGUGUCAUUUAUGUGCUUGUGAAAUGUCCCCCGGUUGGGGGCAUUUGAUUACCUUAUUGGACCCUUGUGUGGGCCAUUUGAACGGCAUUUUGGCCCGGGCAGGGGGAAAUUUGAACAAUAAUUUUCAAAAAAGUCAAAUGCCCGGGGGGGAUGUUGAAGCUUCGAUUUGACCGGUACAUAGGAGUCUAGGGUUAAGUUUAUUGGUUUUUUCCCUUGCUCCUACCAGUUUUUUUCCAGAUACUCCAAUUUUUCCCCUCUCCUUUAAGAGAAAAACACAUUUCCAACAAUUAAUUCAUUGAGAAAUUGUAGAUGAAUCGAUGUAAAGUCUGUACCUUUAUUAAGAACUCUGUUUUGCAAGAAUACAGUUUUCAGUAAACACUAUUCAUUUGUCGUAGGUGGAGAAUUGUAAUACAUGGAGGUGUGGAUGGUUAUACAAGAAUACCAGUCUAUCUCAAAGCUAGCAACAACAAUUCAUCUGACAUUGUGCUUGAGCUGUUCUUGCAAACUGUAGAAGAGUAUGGACUUCCGUCAAGAGUCAGGUCAGACAAAGGUGGGGAAAAUGUUGGAAGGUCGAUGUUCCUGCUGCAACAUCCAAAUAGGGGGCCAGGAAGAGGAAGCAUGAGAGCUGGGAGAAGUGUACAUAAUCAGCGUAUCGAGCGUCUGUGGAGGGAUGUAUUUGAUGGUGUUAUAUAUAUCUAUUAUCAUCUCUUUUAUCAUCUUGAAGAUUGUGGUACUCUUGACCCAACAAACCAAGACCAUUUGUUUGCCCUUCAUUUUGUUUUUGUGCCUCGAAUAAACCGGCAUUUGAACCUGUGGAAGGCAGGCUAUGUGCGUCACAGGAUCCGUACAGCUGGAAGCAUAUCUCCAAUGCAGUUAUAUAUUCUUGGUCUUUUAAAAAUGAGGGACACUGAUUUAGUGGCAGCAAGAGAAAUGUAUGAGCCAAGGACAGAGGUAAUUAUGUAG